AUGGAUCUGUGGGAUUAGAUAGCACAACCGGGCAUUGAUACAGUCCGAGCCAUCUUAUGCAAGUCUAGACCAAUGCACGACACCAGAUAUAGAAGAACAUCACGGUUUUCCAUAUUUUCCUACCUUUCAAAAGAUGAGCAUUUUACGGUCUUUACGGAGAUUAUCAGGAACUCACCUUAUAUCCAAUCAAGUAUCUGAUUAAAAGCGCACCGGCUCCGUCAUGCCAUGUGAUCUCUUGCUUCUUGAUCUCUUUAAAAGGGGUUGAUGAUGUCCUACCGUCGUCACUUCACCAUCAACCUUCCAGAUUAAAAAGUCGAAACAAGUUGAAACAACGAUGGCUGCUCCGGGUGAAUCUUAUAACGCAGCUUUCCCAUCACAGCCCAAACCUUACCUCUCGCACGGUUUACCCUUCGACAAGGCCUGUGCACACCACGCCGAGAAUACCUUCCACGCCUCGCGCAUCUACAUUGUUGUGUCCAGGUCUAUCAGCAAGACAGACGCUUUCACAACCCUCCAGACAGCGCUCGGUGACAAGAUUGUCGGCGUUCGUUAUGGAAUCCUUCCACACACUCCGUGGGAGGACAUAUUCGCUCUCGCCGAGGAUUUAAAGGCCAAGAACCCAGACCUCAUCAUUACCUUGGGCGCUGGAUCCAUCACCGACGGCGUCAAGCUCGCGCGCUUCUUUCUGGCAAACAAUGUGUCGGAUCUGUCGGGCGUCGAUGCGCUCUGGGCAAAGUGCAAGGCGGAUCUUAGAAACAUGCACAACUCUCCCCCGGAUGUAGAACCGGCCACGAUCCCAGUCAUCAACGUGCCGACCACCCUGUCCGGCGGCGAGUACACUCCCGCCGCCGCGGGCACCGACAUGAAGACCUUUGAGAAGCGGAACCUCCUCCACGCCUCCAUGACCGCGGACCUCGUCGUGCUCGACCCCGCGCUGACCGUGUCGACGCCGGCGCGCUUCUGGCUGUCGACCGGCAUGCGCGGCGUCGACCACUGCGUCGAGGGCAUGUACGGCAACCUCGCCACCGCCACCCCGGCGCAGACGGCGGCGCUGGCCCGCGCCCUGCAGCAACUGCUCGCCGGCCUGCUGCGCACGAAGGAGCAGUGGGACGACCGCGACGCCCGCCUGCAGACGCAGCUCGCGGUCCGCACGGGCGUCACGAGCCUCGCCAACGGCAUGGGCGCCAGCCACGGCAUCGGCCACCAGCUCGGCCCGCUGGGCGUCGGCCACGGCGAGACGAGCUGCGUCGUGCUGCCGUGCGUCAUGCGGUACAACUGGGCGCACGGCGACGAGACGGUGCGCGGCGCGCUGCGGCGGGCGGCGGCGGCGUUCUGGGACGAGGCUGCUGUCGUCAGGGCGCUGGGGCUCGAGGAUGCUGAGAGGGAGGAGGUGAACCCCGGGGAUCUGGUGGCGAGGUUUGUCGGCAAGCUGGGCUUGCCUCAGAGCUUGGGUGCUUUCAAGAUUGGUAGCGAGAGGUUCGGUGGGUUGGCGGAUAACUCGCUGACGGAUCCGUGUACCAUGGUAAACCCGGUGAAGCUGGAUAAGGAGGGUAUCGUUGAGAUAUUGAAGAUGGCGGCGUAGGUGGGUAGGUGGAGGAAGAAAAGAGUGAGCUGCAUGUGGUGAUGUGUGGCUUUGUAGUUAGCUGGGUAGGCACCUGCGCAAGUAGGCAUUCAGGGGUAGACUUCCUACUUGGUAGUAACGUAGGUAGGCCGUUGUAGCACUCAUUUGGAAGGAAGUUAAAUGCUAUUCGAUUUGAUCGGACAUUUGCCUUCGCAUAGAGUCCUGGUCUUUUCUUUGUACCAAGGGCGAUGAGAUUUUUAUCGACCAUCGUGAUCACGGGCUCCUGCCAGCGUAAAUACUAGGUAGGGGGCAUGGAUGUGCCUCUUUAUUUCCUACCUAGGAUAUGUGCAUCUCAUUCUAAGAGACUCGACACGAAUAUGAUGGAUGCAUAUUCAUGAUCAUCAUCUUAAACAUCUCUUCAGCAGGAAUGACUCUAACGGAUAGGGGGUCCCCGCUACGGUGCCUAACUAUUGUAUACUGAGUCCCUACUAGGCGGGUGGUGGAGUGGAAGAUCAUUGUGAUGUUAUCUGAAGUUUUACUCUACGACCGUGAUGAGAUCUCACAUCUCUGUCUAUGAUUCGGUAACGAAUUGGAAGCUAAAUGAAC